AUGGUGCUGCCGCUAAGCAGGGGCGUGUGGCCGUGCGCGAAGAGCCGGGCGCAGAUUACGGAAACGUCCUUUUGCUUUUGCAUUGCACCCAGAGAAGCCAUGACACCACCACCUUCGCCGGCGAUAGAGAGCGGCGCGGCGGCCGCCGGCUACGGAAGACGUCGUCGCCACGUGCUCCUGUUCCCGCUCCCGUACCAGGGCCACAUCAACCCCAUGUUCCGGCUGGCGGGCGUCCUCCACGCCCGCGGCUUCGCCGUCACCGUCUUCCACACCCACUUCAAUGCCCCGGACGCCGCGCGCCACCCGGAGUACCGCUUCGUCCCCGUCCCCGACGGCGCGUCCGGCCCGCGGCCCGUCUCCGUGGAGGACGUCGUCCAGCACAUCCUCGCGCUCAACGGCGCGUGCGAGGCCGCUUUCCGGGACCGCCUCGCCGCCGUCCUCGAUGAGUACUCCAGGGAUGCCGUCACGUGCCUCGUCGCCGACGCGCACCUGCUGCGUAUGGUCGAGGUGGCCAGCCGGCUCGCCGUGCCGACCCUUGUGCUCCGCACCGGCAGCGCCGCUUGCUUCGCCGGCUUCGUCGCCUACCCGCUCCUCUGCGACAAAGGCUACCUCCCGGUGCAAGAGUCGUCGCAGCUCGACAUGCCGGUGAGCGAGCUUCCGCCGUACCGCGUGCGCGACCUGAUGCACGUCGGAAGAGACGGCCACGAGCUGAUGUGCGAGCUGCUGGCUCGCGCCGUGGCGGCGGUGAAGCUCUCGUCGGGCCUCAUACUCAACACGUUCGACGCAAUCGAGGCGCCCGAGCUGGCCAAGCUCCGGCGGGACCUCGCCGUGCCGGUGUUCGACAUCGGCCCGCUCCAUAAGUUUUCCCCGGCGGCCGGUGGCAGCCUGCUGCGGCAGGACCGGAGCUGCCUCGAGUGGCUGGACGCGCAGGCGCCGGAGUCGGUGCUGUACGUGAGCUUUGGCAGCCUGGCGUGCAUGGGAGCGCGGGAGCUGGAGGAGACGGCGUGGGGCAUCGCCGGCAGCGGCGUGCCGUUCCUCUGGGUGGUCCGUCCGGGCCUCGUCCGCGGCUGCGCUCCGCACGAGCCGACGCGGCUGCCGGAGGGGUUCGACGCGGUGACGCGCGGGCGCGGCGUGGUGGUGGCGUGGGCGCCGCAGGAGGAGGCGCUGCGCCACCGCGCCGUGGGCGGGUUCUGGACGCACUGCGGGUGGAACUCGAUGGCGGAGAGCCUCGGCGAGGGGGUGCCGAUGCUGUGCCGGCCAAGCUUCGGUGACCAGAUGGGGAACGCGAGGUACGUGGAGCACGUGUGGGAAGUCGGGUUCGAGGUGGGCGACGGCGGCGUCGAGCUCGAGAGGGGGGCGGUGGAGGCGGCCAUCCGGCGGCUCAUGGCGGAGAGCGACGGCGCAGAGAUGAGGGCGAGGGCGCGCGAGCUGAAGAAGGCGGCGGCGGAGUGCACCGGCGAGGCCGGGUCGUCGGAGCUGGCCAUCGUCAAGAUGGUCGCUCACAUGCUGUCCAUGUAG